AUGGUCCAGGUACCGAAUCGAUACGCAAUCCCCCGGCUAUUUCUAUUCUACCUUCUGGGGGACAUUGGCGGCCUAAGGGGUGCAAGCGGACUGGCAGUCUCCUACGCCAUUCCAGCGUUGACCGACGCCUACAAAAGGGACUGCCAUUUGCAAUUCACGUUUCGGCAGUACAAUAAAACAAUCGAGUACCUUCGACACCACUUGCUGUAUCCGUAUACCUUGAAUUCGUUCGUUGACACUACGAAACAGGGCACACUUAUUUCCGAACGGGAUUCAUUUUGUUUACAGCCACUCAACCCCACUCUCACGUUAAUACGCUCUCCCGAGUCCAACGACGACCUGAUCGUUGAAGCCUGCUUUAGGUUAUAUAUCCAGAUGAAGCUCUUCGGGCACAUAAUUCAGCAUCCUACAUUUGCUUUACAUGCACCUAGAAGCGAGCUCCCAAUACCUGCCUGGUGGUCUUAUGCCGUUUCGAAUGUGUCCCCCGAGGCGGUACACUUUCUAGCAGAUCGUAAGACAAGCAGCAUGGCAUUCAAAUUGAUCUUGCAUCUUGGCGCCAGGCUAACCAACUGCCCAGCUACUCCAAUCACUCCUCGGGGCACUAUAUGCAAAUUGAUCUUCGGCUGCUAUACCUACCCCUUCGCCUCUAUCACAGCUCAUUCCUUACAGCUCUGGAAAGGUGUUCUAGAACGCCCCGUUUUCGAGCUGUCUCCGACUUAUAGCAUGGGAAUGUCCAAGUCAAUUGCAGAUCUAGGUUCAAUUCCGCCCUUACUAUACGGCUCUGAGGUGCCGAGGAUGUGGGAUUCAGCGCUGGCUUCAUGUGUUUCCAGGGAGGUAUUAGAGGUAUUAGAGGUUGACUUCUAUGGGGAACCUUGCAUGGUCGACAACUUUUUACUCACCAGGAUGCCAGAGAAACUUGAGUGUCAGCUAUCAACCGUACUAGAGAAGGAGAGGGUGCUUGAAGUUCAGAAAGUCUCAAAUUAA